GUUUUUGCCCCCACCACCACUCUGGCUGCAGCUGUCAGCUGCUUCUUGAGCCCCAUGAGCCAACAAGACUCAGUAGGACUCCUUCUUCAGCUUGACGGCAGCCCUUACUUCCUGUGCUCACCACUGGGUUCAGGGGUUACCGCCACGCCAGGCACCGGAGAUCAUACAACCACAGCUCUGCGUAGCACUCCCAGAGGUGGGAGUUGAAAACCCUGCUGACACAGGGUUCCGCCAGACGUUCCCUACAGAACCUCACAACAUGUUUGGUUCUGCCAAGUCUGUCCGGUUUCCUCCUUCGCCAGUGAAGCCAACUUACCACCAGAUGGUGAUCGGUCCACAGCUCUGCUCCUCUCUUUACCCGAGUGUCCAAAACAUGAGGCCGUAGGUCAGAUGAUAUGACAGCAAAUUCCAUUAUUGACCCCCAACACUAGGGUGUCUUGGUGCCAAGUGCAUUUGUGGACACCCAUGUAGCCUAACAUUGUGUUUGUCAUGGAAAUACUUUGACUAACACAGAAGUCUAAAAAUAGAAAACCAAGCUGGUUCAGAUCAGGGAGACUGUGCGACCCAAUCACCUCCCUCCAGGUCUAACUGUCGCUGUCCACGUGGGCCUUGAAGUCCCCCAGUAGGACAGUGGAGUCCCCAGUUGGGACACUGUCCCAGGGACUCCAGGAAGGCCAGGUACUCUGCACUGUUGCUCAGCCCAUAGGCUGAGACAACAGUGAGGCACCUAUCCCUGACCCAAAGGUGCAGUGAUGAGACCCUCUCGUUCACUAGGGAGAUCUUCAACACAUGGCAGAUGAGCUGUGGGGCUUUAAGCAACCCCUCACCACCUUGGUGCCUCUCACUGCGGGCAACGCCAGAGAAGAGGAGAGUCCAGCCCUUCUUGAGGGGUUGGGUUCCAGAACCCAGGCUGUGUGUGGAGGUGAGCCCAACUAUAUCUGGCCGGGACCUCUCAACCCCUCACAAGUUCAGGCUCCUUCGCCUCUGAUGAGGUGACAUCCCAUGUUCCAAGAGCCCCUCUUUUUGUCUGGGGACCGGGUCACGUGGCACCCUGCAGCCGGCUGCCACCCAAUCCACACAGCACCCGGCCUCUACGGUUCCCUCGACGGAGGGUGAGUCUGUCGGACCUGUGUCGUCCCUUCAAGCUAAGACCUGCCAGGUGGGCAAAUGCCCGGCCACGCAUGCAUUCGAGUCCCAACCUCUGAGCCUGGGUCCAAGGUGGGGUCCUUUUUGCGCCAUAGCAGGCGACGUCGCAGUUGUUGUUCUGGUAUUCAUCAUAGGGGCUGUUGUGACCAUACUGCAGUCCAUCUUUACUCCAUUUUAAAUUGCUUUAAUAAAACACAUGAUUAAAGAUCCAGGUAUGCUUGAACAGAGUCUUUUUUCUCCCUCAGAGUCAAAGCGGAUCAUCCUGCUGGGAAAAACUGGCAGUGGGAAAAGCAGCCUCGCUAACACCAUACUUGGAGAGAACUUGUUCACAGCACAUCAUUCUUCUGUUUCUGGAACUGCCACAUGUCAAUCUGAAACCAGAGAUGUCAGUGACAGAAAGAUCACUUUGGUCGACAUGCCUGGUUUUUUUGACACAGAAAGGUCAGAGGAAGAUUUGAAGCCUGAGAUCAUGAAGUGCAUUACAGAGUGUGCGCCUGGAAUUCAUGCCUUUCUCAUUGUGCUGAAAGUUGAGAGAUUCUCAGAGCAGGAGCAAGAAGUCAUCAGCAGAAUAUAUGAGUAUUUCUCUGAAGAUGCUCUGAAAUACGCCGUGGUCGUCUUCACUUUUGGUGACCAGCUACCUGAAGGGAUGAAAAUCGAGGAGUUCGUCAGACAGAAUCAAAAGCUGAGAGACCUGGUGAACGGGUGCGGUGGACGGUGCCACGUCUUCGACAACAAAUACUGGAACGACAACACGCUGCAGAACGACUACAGGAGCAACCGCUUCCAGAGGGAAGAGUUACUGAAGACCAUCAACAAGCUAACGGAGGAAAGAAACGGCCAAUGCUACACCAACGACAUGCUGCAAGCUGUGGAGAGAGAAAUCCAGAGAGAGAAGGAGCAAAUCAGGCAGUCAUCUCCAAAAAAUCUGCCACCGGAGGAGAUCAGAAACCAGGCCAAAAGCAAAGUGGCAAACAGAUUUCUGAUCAAACUGGCCAGGGUCACAACAGGGGUUUUGUUGGGAGCUUUGUUUGGCGUAGAGGCUCUGGUUAGAGCAGUUACAACAGUUGUGACACAAAUACCUCAAACAAAAAACCUUGUAAAAAAGUAAAUAUGUUAAUAGGAGUGUCACCAGCAGUGUCGGGAUCUGCAGCAGUGUCGGCAGGAGGGAACGCAGCAUUAGUUGUUGGAGCAGCUGCCGCCGUCUCGGCUGCAGCAGGGGGAGUUGUGGGCGGUGAUAUUGGACAUGAAGCAGCUCAGGAUGCAGAAACAGUGUGGGAUGCAGUGACAAAGGCGGGAACAGCUUUAACAGAAAAAAGAAGAAACGUAAUGUCGUUUUUCAAAGAUAUGCCUUGAGAAGGCCACACAUUAAAGCCUGGAGGAGAAGAUGUUCAUACUGACCCACCUCACUUCUUUAGGUUAGACACAGCCACACCACAAACAUUUCAUAUCUACAUCUCACCAGUUAUUUACUUUAAAAUUCAUUCAUUUUCCUUAAUCUUCCUCUGUUUAAAUGGAGUGCACACAUUUCCACAUUGAAAGAUUAUCAUCACAUUUUAUGUUUGCAAUGAUUCUUUCUUUUUGAGUCACCCUGCUGGUGAGAGCUUCCAUCCUGGAGACCAGAGGAUCUUCAUAAAUUUGAUUCAGAAUUAGAGAAAUAUGUUUUUGUCAUAAAAUGUGGAUAAGUUAUAGAAAAACAUGUGAAAUGCACCAGAAUUAUGGGAAAACAACUGUGUAAAAAGCAGAAGUUUACUGGAGGGGAAACGUUUUAAGGAACUUAUGUAAAUCUUUGACAGAAAGUCUCAACUUGAGUAGAAAAAACUUCUCUGAGAAACACAGAAGAGUUGAGUAUCAGAAGAAUCUACAAAUGAGGCCACAGACAGAGACUUUGAAAGCAGACCUGCAUUGAUCUUUCUUUAUUGAAUAAAUGUUGAAGUGAAAUUAUUAAAAAAACAUUCUGUCACCAUGCCUCCCAAAAUUUUUAGUGUUUUUUUUUUCUUUUCCUUUUCUUGUUCAAUGCUGUCUUUUACAUUGUUAAAUUUUCAUUCAUUAUUUAUUAAUUAUUUCUUUUACUUCUGGAAUUGUUAACCUUAAGCUUAUAGCUGUUAACCUUGACCUUAAGCUUUAAAAAUUUUGAAAAUAUGAAAUUUAUUUCUUUGUACUUAAAAUUCAUCAUUACAAUUUUCUCAUCCAUAAACAGUCUUUUGGAGAUUUGUAAUUUUUUUUUUUAAUAUAUUUUUAAAUUUCUUUUUAGCUCAAUUUCCAAUUCUAUUCUGUUUUUAUUUCCUUUAGCAAUGUAUUGUUGUUUUUAUUUCAUUAUUUUGCUUUCAUGGGUUAGAAAAUCUUCCUUUUGUACCUUUUGUAGCUUUCUGUACCUUGUGUAGUUCUGUGUGUUUUAAUCCUUUAAAGAUGAAUUUCUCAGCCUCUCUCUGAAGGUGUUAUUCAGCCACAGCUGCUCAGACAGGAAACGUCUUCUCUCGUCAGCUGCAGUGAGCGGAAAUCAGAAUGAUUAAAUCAGAUGAGGAAACCGUUUCAUUGAACUGUCCAAAGUUAACUCAGAGUUAGUAAGAGUUCAUAUAUUGUUGAUUUUGUGAUUCAAUGCUUUCUAUUAUAAUCAGUUUUAAUCUGCUGGAGUCACUGCUGCUCUGCUUUACCUUCACCAACACAUUAAUAAAGAUGAUGAUCAUGGAAUUACAGGUUAUCCUUGUAUGUGUGUGUGUGUGUGUGUGUGUGAUGGACAGCUGUCCAGGUGUAUCUGAUCUCCACAGUAAACUGGAUCACCUGAUCAGAAGACGGAUGGAGGAGCAGCUGCUUUAAACACCAGUAAAUGUUAAAGAUUAAAGAAAUCGAGGUUGAAAAUGCAAUAAACAAAACUGCUUCAGAAAAGAUCCCUGUUAUUUAAAACUGUUAAAAAGCAAAUUACCUGCAUGAUUUCUUCUGAAAUGUUUUCUUGAAAUGAGAGUUUUGCUUCUUUAUAAACAUCUUCUUUUGACAUUCCUCCAUCACUAAUCUGACUUUACUGAGCUGUGAUUGGACGGACUGAGAAUCUGAAGCUGCAGGAAUAAACACGAAUAAAAUAAAUAAAAAGGAAUAAAAUUUCCCAAAUCUAACUUUUCUGUGUUGUAAUUCUCCUCACUUCAUCCUCCUCUGUUCUUCUUCUCAUGGUUUUAUUUUGGGAUUUCAUUUGUUUUUCUCUUCUUGUCUUCAGUUUGUUUUUCUGUUCCAGCUUCCUGAACACAUUAAAAAAAAACCUCUUUCUGGUCAUAUCAAGUAGUUUCGCAACGACACAGUAGCUGAAAGGUUUCCUGAGGCUAUGAAGGAAACUCAGAAGUGACUCAUGUGAAAAGCUUUUCUGGAGGAUCGGAACGAGCCCGAGGCUGAUCUGGAGCAGAAUCAAGACCAGAACAGAAGACCGGACCGAGCAGGACCAGGAUCCAGCGGGACAGGUAGAGAGUCCAGCAGGCCUUCUGGGAAACAAUCACCUUCAUCCUUUGACUUUUCUGAGUCACUUUUAAUUGAGUUAAAUAUCAUUUAUAUGUAAUUUAAACAAACAAAAAAAAGGUUGGAAAGCCAAAC